AUGUCGGCUCACUAUUAUCCCCCCCCGCCUGGCGUGGCAUCAUCAGGCCAGCAAAAGAGCUACCCUCCACCGCCCAUGUCCGCCCCGGCGCACAAGACCCAAUUCUUCCCUCCUCCACCUGCAGCCAGCACAACCGUCCAAAUACAAUAUCCCCCUCCACCCGGCCAGUCCCCAUCUCCAAACCAGCAUGCUCGAACCCAAUCGACGCAUUACCCUCCUCCUCCCUCGACAGCCUCAUCGACCACGGCAGCGGCGUCACCGGAACACUCGUCCCUCCCGAUCCGCACGGCGGCGACACCCGAGUCCGCGCCGUCCGCGAACCAGCAGCAGCAGCAGUUUUCACCACCGCCCACCGCCGAGCAGUGGCCCGACGAGAAGGCGCAGUAUGAAGAGCGAGAGGCGGAAGUCGAAGCGCAGCCGGUCCAGUUUGUCGGCGCGUCAACCGUUGUCGACGAUGUGGGGACUUUUAAUGGGGGGAGUUAUAGGAUUAGCCAUCGGGAUUCGAACACCAUUUUGACGGUCCAGUUGGCCAUCAACUGUCCCUUCAACGCAAAGCCCGGCACCAUGAUCGCCAUGUCCCACUCCGUCAUCCUCCGCGGUUCGCUAAAGUUCAGCGUGAAGAAGCUCAUGGCCGGCGGCGAUUUCGGCCACUCCACCUUCGUCGGUCCCGGCGAGGUCCUCCUCGGCCCUUCCAUGCUCGGCGACAUUACCACCAUCCGCCUCACCGGGAAGGAGACCUGGUCCGUCGGCAUGGAUGCUUACCUCGCCUCGACUCAGGGCGUCAUCCGCGACCAUAAGCGCCAGGGUCUCACGAAGGCUAUGUUCUCGGGUGAGGGCCUUUGGGUGUACAAGGUUAGCGGGACGGGGUUGCUUUGGAUUACUAGCUUUGGCGCUAUCAUCCAGAAGACGCUCGCCGAGGGAGAAAAAUACAUUGUCGACAACGGCCACCUCAUCGCUUGGGAUACCAAAUACGUACUCGAACGCGUGGCCUCGGGUGGUAUCAUCUCAGGAAUUGCUUCCGCCGAAGGUCUCGUUUGCAAGUUUACUGGUCCUGGAACCGUGUAUAUGCAAACUCGCAAUGCUCGAGCCUUUGGUGCGUACAUGACCGGCCAGAAUUACCAAGCGCCAUAA